CAACCGACGGUCAAAACUCGAGAAGACUGACAAUAAUCUCAGAAUCUCUUUCUCCGCUUUCUCGCCUUUCUUAAUUCUUCCCCCUUCCUCACAGACAGAAACAACGUACAGCCAAAUGAGAGCUCUUUCUCCUUCUCCUUCUACUCUAGCCGCCACUCUUCUCCUCGUCCUCCUCCUCCUCCAAUGCUCCGUCGCCAGCGCCGGUCAAUUCUCCGGCGACUCCUCCAAGCUCUCUGGCAUCAUAAUCCCCGGCUUCGCCUCCACCCAGCUCCGCGCCUGGUCCAUCCUCGACUGCCCCUAUUCCCCUCUCGACUUCAACCCUCUCGACUUGGUCUGGCUCGACACCACGAAACUUCUUUCUGCUGUCAACUGCUGGCUUAAGUGCAUGUGGCUCGAUCCUUACAAUCAAACGGAUCAUCCAGAAUGCAAGUCUAGGCCAGACUGUGGUCUUUCUGCUAUCACUGAACUGGACCCAGGCUAUAUAACGGGUCCUCUCUCUUCAGUGUGGAAAGAAUGGAUUAAGUGGUGUAUUGAGUUUGGUAUUGAGGCUAACGCAAUUAUUGCUGUUCCAUAUGAUUGGAGAUUGUCUCCAUCAAUGCUUGAGGAGCGAGACCUUUACUUUCACAAGUUAAAACUGACAUUCGAAACUGCUCUUAAACUCCGUGGUGGUCCCUCUAUCGUCUUGGCCCAUUCACUGGGUAACAAUGUGUUCCGUUAUUUUUUGGAGUGGUUAAAGCUAGAAAUUCCUCCGAAACAUUAUGUGCAGUGGCUGGAUGAACACAUUCACGCCUAUUUUGCUGUUGGUGCUCCUCUUCUUGGUUCAAUUCAGACGGUAAAAUCAACACUUUCUGGAGAUACUUUUGGUCUUCCUGUUUCUGAGGGGACAGCUCGGUUGUUGUUCAAUUCAUUUUCUUCUUCAUUAUGGAUGUUGCCCUUUUCAAAGUACUGUAGGGCAGAUAAUACAUAUUGGAAACAUUUCUCUGGGGUGACCAGGCGUGGUCAUCAAACAUAUCACUGCGAAGAGCAGGAAUUCCGUUCAAACUUUUCUGGGUUGGCGACAAAUAUAAUCAAUAUUGAAAUUCCUUCAAUCCGUGGGUUUGAUGCUUAUCCAUCUGUUUCGGAAGUAGCUGAGACCAACUUGUCUAGAAUGGAAUGUGGACUGCCUACUCAGUUAUCCUUCUCUGCACGUGAAAUCGCGGAUGGGACCUUUUUCAAAGCAAUAGAGGACUAUGAUCCAGAUAGCAAGAGGCUAUUGUACCAGUUAGAGAAGUCAUAUCAUGGUGAUCCUGUUUUGAAUCCACUUACACCUUGGGACAGACCACCUAUAAAAAAUGUUUUUUGUGUCUAUGGAAUAGAUUCGAAGACUGAGGUUGGUUAUUAUUUUGCACCAAGUGGUAAGCCUUACCCUGAUAAUUGGAUCAUUACAGAUGUCAUCUUUGAGGUUGAAGGAUCUUUAUUCUCAAGGUCAGGGGAUCUGGUUGAAGGGAAUGCGGGAGCUGCAAGUGGGGAUGAGACAGUACCCUACCAUUCCCUCUCAUGGUGCAAGAAUUGGCUUGGACCAAAAGUGAACAUAACAAGGGCUCCUCAGUCGGAGCAUGAUGGGUCCGACAUACAAGUGGAAUUGAAUGUAGAACAUCAUGGAGAAGACAUUGUUCCCAAUAUGACAAGAUCAACAAGGGUUAAGUACAUUACCUUUUAUGAAGAUUCGGAAAGUAUUCCUGGAAGGAGGACAGCAGUUUGGGAGCUUGAUAAAGCAAAUCACAGGAACAUAGUUAGAUCCCCAGUCCUAAUGCGGGAGGUGUGGCUUCAGAUCUGGCAUGAUAUUCAUCCUGAUGCAAAAUCCAAUUUUGUUACAAAAGCUAAGCGUGGGCCUUUGCGGGAUGAAGACUGUUAUUGGGAUUAUGGGAAAGCUCGGUGUGCAUGGCCUGAGUACUGUGAAUAUAGGUAUGUUUUUGGGGAUGUUCAUCUAGGGCAGAGCUGUAGGGUGAAGAACUCUUCAUCUGAUCUGAAGUUGCAUUAUCUAUAGAUCAGAAGGUGCCACUGCUUGCUACGGCACAUACUUCUCAAAUACGAGAGGUCCAGUUUGUUCGAAAUCACAAUUCAUCCAGUUCAGUGAUUGUAUCAUGCACAAUAGGAGUAGGGAGUAGGGAUUGCAAUUCUAAUUUGCUGUCUUGGUUUCAUCCUUCAGCAUUUACUGCAGCUUUGCAUUGCCAGCCCCAUUGUAGCUAACAUUCUCCAAGUCCAAGUAGCUUCUUGUGAGCACUUCCUUGCUGAGCCAUCAUCACAGCAGAAAAAAGCGGAAUCUUUUUUCUUUUUUUCUUUUUAAUCAAGAGACAGUCAUUAACAUUGUAUACAUGUAAUAUGAUUUUAAGGAGGUCUUUUCUUUUUACCUAAAAUGUAAAAGUCAAAUGUUCUAAUGCA